AUGGACGUCAAGUACCCUAAGGGGUUCAUCAAGAAGGUGAAGCAGGCAAUCAUGGCAUCGGUGGUGGAAGGGGUGAAGUACAAGGAGUGUAGUAGGAACCACGCGCUGGCUACCGAUGGGAAAGUUGUGGAUGGCUACGGGGAGUGGAUGCUGUUGGGGGACUUGAACCCCACCGACACAUUGUCAUACAACCGCCCGCCGGGGGCAUUGCAGAUCCAAAGGCUCCCCGCCCAGCUCUCGUUGGCGACAGCGCCACCGCCCCAUGGGGUUAUGUCGGCAAGGAAGUGGUCCCGCACCAUGUUCACUGCCUACCAGAAGAUGCACAUGCAGGAGCUGUCGAAGCACCUAGGGUGGCGCCUGCAGAAGCGCGAUAAGGACAUCAUCGAAGCGAGGUGCCAUGACAUUGGCAUCAGUAAGGACAUCUUCAGGAACUGGAGGCACAACAAUAAGCGCAAUUAA